AUGGAAGGAGAGACGGUACCCGAGACCAGGAGAGCCGCCAGCAAAGCCACCCACAUCGCCCUCGGCGUCUUUGUGAGCGGCACCGUUGUGCUUGGCACCAUGCUUUUCUUGGUUAGCCAAGGUCUUGUAAAAUUUCAUCCGAAGCAACAGUACUGUUUGACCUCAGAAUGCAUUGAAGCUGCUGCUAGCAUCCUAAGCAAGAUAAAUCAAUCUGUAGAUCCGUGUGAGAACUUUUAUCGAUUUGCGUGUGAUGGCUGGAUAUCUAAUCACCCUAUUCCUGAAGACAUGUCAAACUAUGGUGUUUAUCCUUGGCUGCGACACAAUGUGGACCUCAAACUAAAGGCAUUGCUCGAGAAACCCAUCAGCAAAAGACGAGACAGUGAAGCUGUACAGAAGGCCAAGAUCCUUUACGCAUCCUGCAUGAACGAGAAUAAAAUUGAAAAAGCUGACGUGAAACCCCUGUUAAGUAUACUGAGGCAUUCACCUUUUCGCUGGCCUGUGCUGGACUCCAACAUUGGACCUGAAGGACUGUGGUCAGAAAGGAGGUUUAGCUUAGUCCAAGCCUUGGCAACUCUUCGUGGUCAAUACAGUAACUCUGUCUUCAUCCGUUUAUAUGUGGCUGCUGAUGACAAAAUCUCCAAUCGGUAUAUCCUGAAGCUCGAUCAAGCAAGCCUCUCUCUUGCAUCUCGAGAGGAUUACCUAGAAAACACCACAGAAGCUAAAUCUUACAGAGAUGCCUUUUUGCAGUUCAUGAUUGAUACAGCAGUGCUUCUGGGUGCAAAUGCUUCACGAGCUGAAUCUGAUAUGAAGUCGGUUCUAAGACUGGAAGUUAAAAUAGCUGAGAUCAUGAUUCCAUAUGAAAAUCGAACAAGCGAGGUGAUGUACAAUAAAAUGAACAUAUCGGAGCUUAGUACCAUGAUACCACAGUUUGACUGGCUGGGAUACAUCAAGAAGGUGAUUGACACCAGACUCUAUCCUGAGCUCAAAGAUAUAGGUCCUUCAGAAAAUGUGAUUGUCCGUGUUCCCCAGUACUUCAAAGAUUUAUUCAGGAUACUAGAAAAUGAAAGGAAAAAGACUCUUGCCAACUAUCUGGUGUGGAGAAUGGUUUAUUCAAGGUUAUUUAACCUCAGUAGACGCUUUCAGUAUCGGUGGCUGGAAUUUUCUCGGGUGAUCCAUGGAACCACAACUUUGCUGCCCCAGUGGGAUAAAUGUGUGGACCUUGUUGAAAGUGCGCUCCCUUACGUUGUGGGCAAGAUGUUUGUGAAUGCCCAUUUUCAAGAAGACAAGAAAGAGAUGAUGGAGGAGUUGACUGAAGGAAUUCGCUGGGCUUUUAUUGACAUGCUGGAAAAGGAAAAUGACUGGAUGGACUCUCAAACAAAAAGAAAAGCUUAUGAGAAG